UUCUUUUCUUUCCCACAUGGACGUCAGUCUGUAAUACGUGUUCAGCAAUGGGGUUAAUUACAGGGCUGUUUGCCAUUUUUUACCAUUUACCGAGGAUAUAUAAAUGGUUUUUUAGGCCUUAUUAUUUCUUAUCAUUGCUUAUGACACUGGCCUUUGCUUUAGUACGGAACUGUCCGGGACUGUGUGAACAUUUACCGUCUCAAAGAGAGGACGGCAACUCGUGCGCUUUUGACUGGAGAGAGGUGGAGAUUUUAAUGUUUCUCAGUGCUAUAGUGAUGAUGAAGAAUCGAAGAGCGGUAACUUUGGAGCAACAUUUAGGGAAUAUAUUUCUCUUCAGUAAGGUUGCUAAUGUGGUGUUGUUCUUCAGAGUUGACCUGAGACUUGGUCUUCUGUAUGUCAUGCUGUGUGUGGUGUUUUUGAUUGCAUGUAAACAACCAGUUUACAUGGGCCCCGAAUACAUCACAUACUUUAGUGACGCAACUAUAGAUGAAGAACUACAGCGGGACAAUCGAGUGACAUGGAUUGUAGAGUUUUAUGCCAACUGGUCUCCAGAGUGUCAAUCAUUUGCCCCGAUUUUUGCUGAAUUGUCACUUAAGUAUAGCUGCAUAGGCCUCAAAUUUGGAAAAGUGGAUAUUGGACAAUAUGGAGAGGUGGCCACGAGGUACAGGAUAAAUCCAUCGCCCCUCUCCAAGCAGUUGCCCUCUCUAUUGCUAUUGCAGGGUGGACGGGAAUUCAUGCGUCGCCCCCAGGUGGACAACAAGGGAAGGGCCGUUGCAUGGAGUUUCACAGAGGAAAAUAUAAUUCGAGAAUUCAACCUAAAUGAGAUAUUUAAAAAAUGUAAGAAACACAACAAAGGAGAGAAAAGUGAGGAACCAAUGGAACUUCAGGAGGAGGGUCCUAAUGCUGGAGAAGAGCCAAUCCCUUUAGAUGGGGCAAAGGAACAAGAGAGUAAAAAAGACAAAUAAGAAAUAAAACACGAUUAUUGGUGGAAUUCAUUAAGGUUCAUAAAAAAGCUGUUUUCACAUCCAUCUUUUUAUGUGUAAUACACAUCUUAUAGUUCUUAAACGUCUUAAACUCUUUAUAUUUACUAUUUAAAUGGCCUUUGUUGUUUUUUUGUUAAGUCUCUCAGAUCUUAUUAUCAUUCAUUCAUGGCUUUCGAUCAGUUUUUAAUGGGCUGCUGUCAUUGGCCAAGCUUGGCCAAAAGAGAACAAUUACAUUUAUGUUUCCUCCCAAUUGGAUACAUUUGUCUAUUCAUGUGCCAUAUGAUUACAAGUUAAGUUUAAAUUCAAAGUCAUUACAAUUUGGUUGUCUUUAACAUGAUUUUUUUGUAAGUAUUAGAUGGUUUUAUAAGAUCCUUCUAUGUCUUGGUUGGUUUGUGUUGGUGAUUUGUGUUAAGGUGGGUUAUGUGCAUAUAAAAAUCUGCAAUAUAUAAUAUCCUGACCUGUAUCUACAAUCAUUUCUGUGUAGCCUACCAGACCUAGCUAUUAGUCAGAUUGCCAUUUGUCUGUGUAUUUAUAUGCAGAGAAAUGUAUUUAUACAUUUAAACAUUAAGACAAAUGAAAAGGCUGAUAAUGACCUGCCAUGCUGUUUUCCUGCACAGCCCAUUAACCCGGGCAAGCAAAACCUCCUUUCAUAUUUCAUACACUGAAUAGGAUCAUCCUUGCCAAAGCUCUCUGACUAUGGUAUGGACUAGGACUAAAGGACCCCCCGGCUUGUAAAAAAACAGGUCCACAACACUUGAUACUGAGGAUCUCUAUUAUUUUCUUGAAAUAAAUAGGAUGCUGUUUGUAAAUUGA